GUGUCAGAUCAGUAUUUUUUAUCUAUAUACUUCUAUUCUCCAAGCGAAAUUAUUCCAUUACAUCCGGAUUUGGAAGAUAACUACGUGAAAUUUACAUAUGACAUUAUCAGCAACACUUAUUCACACAAACGACAAAAUGGAUCAUCACUUGAACCGUAUUUCGUUGGUAAUGUAAAACGAGUAGAAAAUAGGACAUUGGGUGUCGUUUAUUUUGAAAAAAUCGAUAAAACAAUUAUUGGAACAAUUCUCUGGGAGUUCGGAUUAAAGGUUGUUGGGAAAUCAAUUGAAAAAAUAGUAAUUAAAAUGAAUGGAAUGCAAGAAAUUGAUGAUUAUGGAGAAAGUGCCGCAGCUUGUCAACCUUCUUUGAAUAAAUGCACUGAGAUCCAAAUAAAUGACAGUUUGACUAUUGAAAAGCCCAGUGAUCAAAUUGCUAUAUCUAUAAGUAUGAACGAGGAUAUAAAAGUUUUAAAAGCAGAACUAAAGGAAGGUAACAAAGUGGAAAGUUUCUCAGUUGAAGUCUACUGGGGUGAGUUAAUUUUUAUUUUGAGCUUUAAACUGACGGCGGUCAAAGUUUUUCAAGCUUUGAUGCGUGAAAAGUAUAAACUCUCAAAAAUGUAGUUAUGGCAAUAGUAAUAGUAAAAAAGAUCUUUAAUUUUAACCGAAUUAGAGAAGUUUUUGUAUCCAAUUUAUUUUCCACUUUUGGCAGAAUCGAACUCAAGCGUCAGUGACCGAAGAGGGGGGAGGGGAUCGAAAUGA